AUGGCGGCUAUGGCAGGCGGAUUGAUAGACAUCAGCAGGCCUGGCAAAUACCCCAUCGUGCUGAGUGAUGCGCUGCUGGGCAAGACGUCCAAGGAUAUCUACACUGGUGUCAGAUUUAACCACAAGCCCGAUACAUCAUCAUCCGACACCCCUUCGAUCCACCUCCAACCCUCCGACUCCGACUCCGACCCUGCAAGCUACGACCUCUCCCUCAAAGACAACUCCGAGGAAUACUCAUACCAAGGCACGCGGACGUCGGGCGAUGGUCAAUAUGUCCUCAUAUUUGACCCCGUCAAAGAACACUUUGUUAUACAUCGAAUUGACUCGACAUUUGAGAUGAACAUGGUCAGCACUCCAUGGACCCAGAAUACAUCGAAGCUGCGAUCACAAUAUCCCCAGCUGGAACCAGAGGUCAAGUCCCCAGCCCCACCAAAGAAGGCGUCAAAGGCCACAAAAAAAGAUCCCACGAAGGCUGUGUUACCACGGAAGAAGGUCGAGAAAGCCAAGAAACCCAAACCUCCUGUCAUUCGGGAACCUACACCAGAGCCACAGGAAGAGGAAGACUCAGACGAUGGCCUCACCAUCGAGUACCCCGAGGCGCCUACGAACUACCAACCCAAAUCAACUCCUCUCUUCGAUCGGCAGGUGAGCGAUGAAGACGAAGAUGCUGAAGGAGAGGAUGACGACGAAUUCGAGGAAGUGCAAGAAUAUAAUCAGGACGUGGAUCACUUGAAGCUGCCGAGCCCCGCGAACAAUAAUGCUGGACAAUUGAGCGACGAGGACUUGGAGUUAGAUCUCGAGGCCGAACUUGAGCAAGCUUUUAAGGAUGGCGAGAGCAGUGAGAGUGAAGAGGAAUGA